UCUAAAUGUGAUGUGAAACUCCAGCAACUGGUGUUCUCACGCCUCCAGGCGUUUACAAGCAGCUGUUACAGGAAAAGAAGAUGCUAUUUUGUAAAGAGGCAUAUUUACAUGCGUGCUUCCUGAAUGUCAAAAGCCGAAAUCCUACAACAGGUUAGGAGGAAGUUUCUGGAAGCGCAAACAGUUGCUGUAAGUGUUUGUUUCGAGUUAAACCACGACGUUGGAUUAAUUUAAUUCACAAAACAGACCGAAUGGAAGCGUUGCGUCUUCUGGCGUUUUUAUGUGCUUCUACUGUCAUAUAUGGAGGAAGAAAUAAAGUCAACGCAUCUCCGCUCAGUCAAGACUGUCAUGUCAUUACAGAACAUUUUAAGAAGAAUAAGCCAUUGACUGGGAGUAACGUCAUUCUCCAGUGCAUCACAAAUAUCAGUAUAACUAAGGACCAUAUAGUGGAGUAUUAUCUUGGUGACAGACUCAUUUUUACUGUAAAAAGAGGAAAAGGAAGACCUGAAAAUAAGGAAGACAAGUCAAGGAUGUGUUUCUUGCCUCUAGAUGAACAGAACAAUGGAACAGCCUCGCUCACCAUUUUAUAUGAAAAGAAGUAUGAUGAAGGAAACUUCUCCUGCUGUUUAAAAGGAGAGGAGAGUCAACAGUGUACUAUUCAUCGCCUCGUGGUUAAGACGGCUGUUGAAGAGGACCAAAAACAAGCAGGUCUCCAUGUGACUGAGCUGUCAACUACCACCAGGAUAAAAAAUGAAACCAGCAAUAACGGAGACAAUGGAACACCAGCUUAUACUGUUCCUGUUGUUCUUGGUGUUGUAGGUGUUCUUGGUGGUAUCGUAGGAUGUAGACGGAAAAAAAAAGGAUGUAAAUGUCCAUGGACAAAGAAUAAAAAAGAACACGAUGAAGAAGGCAAUCCUCCACAAGAGACACUGCCAAUGAACAGCAUGGACACAAGUUCAAACACAGACUCAACUCGGCUGAGAAGAUCUGCUACUCAUCAAAGUGGGUGCUACGUGAUAUAAAAGAGUACCAACAUGACACAACGGUAGCACUUGGUUGGUGUAAUUUGCUUUGUAAUAUUACAUGCAUGCACAACACACGUUAGACUUUUGUAGAUACCUGCCGAUUCAAAAUGAGUGGAUGUGAAUAUCGUACCAUGUGUAAGAUUGUGUAAGUAUAUUUUUCUAUUAUUCUUUAAAACUAAAUGUGUGUUUUAGCUUUUGAAUUAAUUCAAUGUUUUAUCAUUGCAUUUUAUCCAAUGCUAUUUUUGCUUUCUUUUUUGUACCAGCAGGAAAGAUGCACACACACACACACACAUAUUUCUCCUUGAUAAAGCAUUCUUCAUCACAUCACACUAACAUACAUGGCUAAAAUACAUUUUUUAAAUCUAUCUUUCUUGGAUUGGAAAUCAGGGACUUUUUUUUUAUAUACUACAAAUAUCUACAUUAGAAGAAAG